AUGCAUUUGAGCGAGAACGAGGGGAUAGAGAACAACACCUUCGUGGUGACUGGUGGGCUGGGUUUCGUGGGUUCUGCACUCUGCUUAGAGAUCGUUAGAAGAGGCGCUCGCAAGGUUCGAGCCUUCGAUCUUCGCACGGAGUCUCCUUGGUCCAAUGAUCUUCGCCGUCACGGCGUUGACUGCGUCCAGGGGGAUAUUUCUCACAAACAAGACGUUGAAAAGGCUUUACGCGUGGCAGACUGUGUCUUCCACCUCGCUUCGUAUGGCAUGUCUGGCAAAGAAAUGAUUCAGUAUGGCCGUGUAGACGAGAUAAACAUAAACGGAACCUGCCACGUCCUCGAUUCUUGCCUGGAUAAUGGGGUUCAGAGACUGGUAUAUGUGAGCACGUACAAUGUCGUGUUUGGUGGAAAAGAAAUUGUGAAUGGCAACGAAAGCUUACCUUACUUCCCCAUGGAUGACCACGUCGAUCCAUAUGGCCGUAGUAAAUCUAUAGCUGAACAAUUAGUCCUGAAGAGCAAUGGACGUCCCUUCAAAAAGAAGAAAGGAAAAUGUCUCUAUACCUGUGCAAUCCGUCCUGCUGCCAUAUAUGGACCGGGUGAAGAAAGGCAUUUUCCAAGGAUCAUAAAUCUUGCUAAGUUAGGUCUUCUGCCAUUUAAAAUUGGCACGACGAGUGUAAAAACAGACUGGGUUUAUGUGGAUAACCUUGUAUUGGCCCUGCUCUUAGCUAGUAUGGGACUUUUGGACGACAUUCCCGGGAGAGAAGGACACCCAGUUGCUGCUGGUCAACCUUACUUCAUAUCAGAUGGGUCUCCAGUCAACACUUUUCUAUUCAUCCUCCCACUACUCAAAAGCCUGGACUAUGACUUGCCGAAGAUGUCAUUAGCUGUUCCACACGCUCUUUUUCUAGGAAACUUAUUUUGGGCUUUCUACACAGCUUUGUAUCCAUGGUUGAGUAAGAAGUGGCUUCCUCAGCCUUUGAUCCUUCCUGCUGAAGUAUACAAGGUUGGCGUAACCCAUUACUUCUCUUACUUAAAGGCAAAGGAGGAACUUGGCUACAUUCCAAUGGUGAGUCCCCAAGAAGGUAUGACUGAAACUAUUGCAUACUGGCAAGAGAGGAAAAAGAGAACACUGGAUGGACCAACCAUCUACGCAUGGCUGUUUGUUGUGAUUGGAAUGAUUUCUCUGUUUUCUGCUGCGUACAUACCUGAUUUUGGUCCCGUUCCCUUGCUUAGAGCAAUCAGCCUUUUCUUUGUACGCUCCAUGUGGGGUCUAAAGAUGUUUUUCCUUCUAGCUGUAUCGGCACAUAUUGGCGAGGCUAUAUAUGCUUGGAAACUUGCGAAAAAGGUGGAUCCUGCGAAUGCCAGAGGAUGGUUUUGGCAGACUUCUGCUUUGGGAAUAUUUUCAUUGCGUCUCUUGUUGAAGAGAGCCAAAACGUAG